AGAAGAUCCGGUGACCCCCGAGGAGCGGGGAGAGAAGGGGGGGCUGAGAUCCCCUCGGAUUUACCGCUGCCCCCUCCCGUGGGGACCCCCCCAUCCUCUCCAGCCCUGCCCCCCUUCUCCCUAGAGAGCAACGAGCAACAGCCAGGGUGACCCCCCCCCUUUUCCCUCCAAUCCCUGAGAAGUUCCCUGUUCUCCUCCCUGAUUGUGCCUCAUUUUCUCUCCACUUCUCCAGUGACCAGUUCCAAUCUCAGGUUUGGGGUGUUUCCCCCCCAUUUCUACCGGCAGUGAUUUGUCCUUAUUUAGGCUACAGAAGAACGUUCAGGUUUCACUCCAGAUCAUCCCGUCCUCCCAGGGGAAGGAAAUGGCUGCAAUGGAGCUGGCUCAGGGGCUGGUGACUUUUGAGGAGGUGGCUGUGCAUUUCACCAGGGCAGAGGGGGCUCUGCUGGACCCCACUCAGAGAGCCCUCUACAGGGAUGUCAUGCAGGAGAACUAUGAGAUGGUGGUCUUGCUGGGGUUUCCAGUUUCCAAACCUGAUGUGAUCUCACAGCUGGAACGAGGGGAAGAGCCAUGGGUCCCAGACCUCCACGGCUCUGGGGAAAAACUGCUCUCGAGAGCUGCCUGCACAGGGAAUGACCUAUGUCUGGAUUCUCUCUGUCUCCCAUCAGGUGACGGGAUGGUGAGCGAGAACAAGGAGAAACCCCAGCAGGAAGAUGCUGAGCAAGUAGAACCACAACGGACAUUAUCAGGAAGAUCCAAAAGGAAUGAUUCUGGGAGUUGUGCACUCCAAGAAAAAGAAAAAGCCUGUGAGAGUCAGCACAGGCCAGAGGAAAACUUCAAUAGCCACUCAGACCUUAUUACAUGCGAGAGAAUCAACUUGGAAGGAACAUGCUACACAUGCCCUGAGUGUGGGAAACGCUUCAAUCGGACCUCACACCUUAUCACACAUAGGAAAAUCCACACGGGUGAGAAACCUUAUGGAUGCCCUGAGUGUGGGAAACACUUCAUUGAUAGUUCAGCCCUUAUCACACAUCAGCGAAUCCACACAGGAGAGAGGCCCUACAUAUGCUCCGAGUGUGGAAAAAGUUUCAUUCGGAGCUCACACCUUAUCGCACAUUGUAGAAUCCACACAGGAGAGAAACCCUAUAUGUGCUCGGAGUGUGGGAAAUGCUUCAUUAGUAGUUCAGCCCUUACUACACAUCAGCGAGUCCACACCGGUGAGAGACCCUACAUAUGCUCUGAGUGUGGGAAAAGCUUCAGUCAGAGCUCUACUCUGAUCAUACAUCAGAGAAGCCACACAAGAGAGACACCCUACACGUGCUCUGAGUGUGGGAAACGCUUCAGUUAUAGCUCAGCCCUUACUGCACAUCAGAGAAUCCACACGGGUGAGAAACCUUAUGAAUGCUCUGAGUGUGGGAAACACUUCAUUGACAGUUCAGCCCUUAUCACACAUCAACGAAUCCACACAGGAGAGAGGCCCUACAUAUGCUCCGAGUGUGGAAAAAGUUUCAUUCGGAGCUCACACCUUAUCACACAUCGUAGAAUCCACACAGGAGAGACACCCUACACCUGCUCUGAGUGUGGGGAACGCUUCAGUUAUAGCUCAGCCCUUACCACACAUCAGAGAAUCCACACUGGUGAGAGACCCUACACAUGCUCUGCGUGCGGGAAAAGUUUCAAUCACAGCUCUACCCUAAUCACACAUCAGAGAACCCACACAGGAGAGACACCCUACAUGUGCUCUGAGUGCGGGAAAAGCUUUAAUCAGAGCUCUGUACUGAUCGCACAUAAGAGAAUCCACACAGGUGAGAAACCUUAUGGAUGCUCUGAGUGUGGGAAACGCUUCAAUCGGAGCUCAUACCUUAUGACACAUAGGAGAAUCCACACGGGUGAGAAACCUUAUGGAUGCUUUGAGUGUGGGAAACGCUUCAAUCAGAGCUCACACCUUAUCACACAUCGUAGAAUCCACACGGGAGAGACACCCUACACAUGCUCUGAGUGUGGGAAACGCUUCAGUCAGAACUCAACCCUUAUUAGACAUCAGAAAAUCCACGAGAGUGAUCUGUAACAAAUGCCUUGACUAGGGCUGGCCAAAGUGUGGGGGUUUUUAGUUUGUUUGUUUGUUUGUUUUAAAAUCACAUUUGCUAAUUCCCAAAUAGUGAUCUUUGCACCAUCUUCAGCGUGGUCUCUCAGCUCCCCCAGAUGAGUUGCCUGCUUCUGCCUUUUGCAGCUCACCCUUCUUUGGGAUCAGUCCUGUGAUCUUUUCUAUCAACUCCUUUCCUUUUGAGUUGAAGGAGUGUGUCCCACCAGCCAGGAAUGUUCAUCAGCUCCAGGUGGGGAAGAGAGGUUUUAUCCCAACAAGCUACACUGAGGCAAAAACCACCUGUGCCUUACAGCCACUAGGACUGUACUAGGUGUUGGCUGCUCAAGUUAGUGAUCUUGGUGUAAAAAGACAGUUCUAGUUGUACUGCAGAUGCAGCCCAGGUGCAGUGGUUGGCAUUAGCUUUCCCCUUGACCUGACCUAAACUCCACCGCUUUUCCUAGUCUAAACAAACCCUGAGCAUCACGGUUAUACUGUCCCCCCCAUUUCAAAGCAAUUGAUAGUCAUCAAGUUCCCCCUUUGGCAACAAGUUGUUUCAUUCCCAGUUGCUUUCAUGUUGCUUCAGGUUGUGCUGGAGAGCAGAUAUUUUUAUUACCAUUUUCCUCACUUAAAAUAUAUUGAACUAUAACAAAGAGCAGGAACAGGGCAGCGAUAGGGAAACAUGUCAUUUCAUCCUCUGUAACAACAGAAGAAGAUAGGGUAAAUCAGAGGGAUUCCCUUAUUUCCCAUCACCAUCCCAAUCCCCCUGUUGUUCAAGUGGUUAGGUCAAUAUUUUCCCUAAAGGGCUGAGAAGAGGAUUCCCUAGUAAAUGACUUGUAACUAAGCAAAAUACCCAUGCAUUUGGCUCCCAAAGCAAUUGUGGCCCGGGACCUGCAGAAGGUCACUCCUGAAGAUAUCUCCUUCCUAAUCAGCUGCAUGUUGCCUAUUAUUUGGGAAAUGCAAUCCCUAUUUAGAUAGAGAUGGGAAAAUGGAAGUGACAUUUCUCUUCAGCUCACCCCUGGGAGAUGCUGCAAAUGUGUAGAAAAUGAAAUCUGUGUUGAAUGUGAUAUAGCUGCAGAAAGAUACCUAUUUUUAAUAGCUACCUGAAAUUUGGUGUCUUAUGGGGAUUCUAAGCUGUACCUGAAUUUAGUCCCUAAUUUAAAUCUGUUGCACCACAUUAAAGAAAUAAAAAGGCAUAUUUGUGGGAGUUAUACUUCACUAUCGCUACUGAUCUGUUGUGUGGUUGGUGAAGAAUUCUACGCCAGAAAAGUAUAAAAUUACUCCAAGUAAGGUCAAAGAUUUGACAAGAACUCAGGUAGAAAUUGCAGGUACUAGUGGUUGAUUUUCACCCCAGAGAUGGAAGCGAUGGUGACCUGUGGCCCAGGUAAACUAUUUUUAGAAUGCUGCUCCCUAGUUAAGUGUCAUUGAUCACACUCCUAAAGGAUGCCAUGAUUAAAUUGGGAACAACUGUCUUUUACCAUUUGGAUCCAAAGUUUCAUGAAGCACAGAAACAGCUGAUUCCAUCAGAGCCAUUCCAUGCCUCUGGGUCCCAAUCUGGCUGCCUGCCUUGAUGGAGAAGAAGCACUUCCAUGCUGGACGCAUGAUGGUAGUCAAUGAGGGAAUGUAUCAGAUUCCAAGUUCAGACUGCAGGAUACAUGAAUGCUGAGUCCAGAGUCUGUGGUUUGGUCUCUUAGUUUUGCUAUUAAGUCUUAUACAUUUGUACCACUUCUCCAGCUCCUGCUACCCUGAAAGAUUAGAAAGUGUGAAAAUAGAGCACAGGUAGUUUUUCUCAUGAUGCAGCCUUCCCACGUAGUGUGAGACUCCUCCCAUGAGUGUGGGUGGAAGAAGACCAAGGGAGAAAUGAACUCUCAGAAAUGGAAGGCUCCUAGGUCAUUAUAGAACGUGACUUCACACAAAGCUGACUGGGUGGAAAUGGGAAUUAAGAGAAAACUGUCCUAUUGGUUUAUAUUUUGUAAUCUUUGAAUAAGUUGUUACCAGUGACAAUAAAAUUAAACUUUAAGUUAA